CCCAGAAGUACAGUUGAUCUUUUGAGAAUUUGUUGUAAUUUUUUGAUAUUCAAGUGAAAUAAAACUCACGUGGAAAAUGUUUGGAAAAUACGUUGUUUUGCUUGCAUUUUUCGGUAUUUAUUUUAGUGUUAACCAUGAAUCUUCUGUUAAUGCCAUUCCGUUUUUUGAGUGCAAGGAACAUAAUUUACGAUUACUACAGCUUUUAAGUUAUGUGUGCAACAAUACUCAGCCAGCGGUACAAUUGAGAGAUGCAUGCUAUGGCUGCUUUUUGCGUAUUUCCACAUUACCAUUUGGGCCACCACAAUUGAUCGGUAUAAGUCAAUGCGCAAAUUUGUAUCUAAGCAAUAGCAGCUACAGUUCAUGUGGCCAACAAUUUGCGAGUUCUCUUGUGGGCAUCACCGUGAAUCCAAUUCAAAGUUUAACAUGUUCAACGGGAUAUUGUGAGUACGUGCGUUGCAUUCGACGAAUAAAUGCGAGAAAUUUGAUUAACAGUUGCUUCACAGCAAAUUUGGUGAAUCGUGAUUUUAAUAGGGUUGACGAUCGGAUAAACUUUUUCUCAAAUGCAACUGCUUGUAUACUGGCACGAACGAGAUGUUCCCAAAUAAAUCCAAUAACAGCUGAUAUACAACGUCAAAAAGGCUCCAUUUAUCCGAUUGGAAUCACGAAUUCGGUUGGUACGGCGGGCUACUAUCAUUAUAAUGCAAUUCAAAUUGGACGAAGUGGUGAAAUAAAAAUUAUUGGCCUACCAUCAACCUGGGUGCUUGGUAAUUCAUUUUGUAAUCGAAACAUUUCACUCGAUCAAUCAUCGUAUGGCAAUACAUGCUCGUAA